GAAGACACGAAUGAUACAUAAUUUGACAGAUCUAACAGAAAUCAGUUAGAAAGGGAAUAUUUUAUAAAUUUGGAUAAAUUGAAUAUUUAUCAACAGAUUGUUUAUUUUGAUAUCAAAACUUCAACUACUUCCGCGUCUGUGCACUUCACAUCUUCUGGAUUAAUUAACCAUCAAAUGUCCCCUUACUCCAGUGUAAUAUUUGUUUUAAAAGAUAUUCUGAAUGUCAUCACCAAAUACCCCGGUUGUCGAUAUGGACGUUGAUGGUCCAACCAAUAAUCCCGGAACUCUGAAACGUUGUUCUAGUGCCCCAAUGAUAAACGAAGGUAACGCAGUAAUGACUACAGCACCACCAUCUACAUCCUCAAUUAGGGAACCAAUUCAUAACAUAUUUGGUGCUACACAAACCCGAACUAGAAGGUUUAGUGCCAGUUUCAGCCCUGUUCCAGGAUCACCUGUCUCUGGUUUGAGACUGGCUCCAAGAAUAAGCCAAUUGAGGCAAGAAGAACAUGCUGAUAUUAGUAACUCCCGUGAACUAGCACACGAGCGUGAAAUCCAACACACAAUACAAAUUUCUCAGUCAUGGGAAGAUCUCAGUCUUAUGGGGGAUUCUACAGGGGAAAACAAGACAAAGCUGACACCUCUUCAUGUCAGUCUGGGUUCUUUCAAUCCUCAUUAUGGUUCUCCAUCACCAACUCGCAUGUACUCUCCUAAUUUCCAAAGUCCAACUAGAGCUUCUCGAACAUUAAUAAGAAGAAGUGCAAGUCCUGUCCUCAAGCCAAGUCCUCUAGGUGUAAAAAGAAAGCUAGAUGAGGACAAAGUAGAUUUUUAUUCUAGUCCUAAAGCAAAAAGAUUCCAUAGUUUUGCACCUGUAGAACGUGGUGGAUUACUUACCACUACUGCACCUUCAUUGCCAGGUUCUUUAAGUUCAGUUGGAACACCAGAAUCUUUCUCUAGUGCAGAUUCACCAAAUUUUAAUUUUAGAAAUGUUGAUAGUCCUUCUCCUAGUAGGGCCAUGAAUGUUGAAACAUCUGUAGAACCUAUGAUUCUAUCUAAAAAUGACCAUGAUAUGGCUGAUAGCCCAAGUUAAAUUUAAGUUUCUACAAAUGUUGUUAGCAACUUGUAUUUGUUACAAAUUGAUAUUUUAUUUUCUUAUUUAUUUUUUAUUAGUUAUGCAAUUUUUAAUGGUUUCCAAGAUUUCUCAUUGGUGCCAAAACUUUGAGUUUAAAUCUCGUGUUGACCACAUUUUCUCAGAUUAUGAAAGAGUUUCCAAGCAUGAUGCAAAAUAGAGUUCUAGGUAACCUUCCUGUUCUGAAUGAACUUCAACGAAUACCUUAAUCAUUCACAUUGAUUAAGUAAAAAUAAAAAAUGGUUUUUAUUGAAUUAAGAACUAACCUUGAGAACAUAAUUCUAGGAGUCAACAUGUAAGCCUAUCUUUUGAUCUGGAAGUACUGAACUUACAGUUUUAAUUUCCUAGAUUAUGACAUUUUUGUUGGAACAAACACAUGCUAAUGAAAUUCAAAAUAUUAUGCAAGAUAUCUAGUCUGUUAGAGUUUGUUUUUGUUAAACUGCAUAUUUGUAAUGUGUAUAUUACCUACAAGACUUCUUGUGGUGCUACUAUGGUAUAAAUCUUGAUAUACGAUUUGUACCACAAUGUUUUGCAAAGCAAGCAAUGUUGUCUUACAACAUACUUCAAUUUUUCAUAGUUUUU